AUCUGCCCUGGAGCCAGGAGCGCCACGGGCUUCCAGCUCAAGUUGGAGGAUCAACAGGGUGCCGGGGUCGUCAAAGAUGACACCUCGGCCAACGGCAUUCGCAUGCAGUGCCCCAGCGGCCACAUCAUCUCGGUGAGUGAUCAGCACGGUCGGCCGCUCAGGUCUUCGUGGGGCUGGUGCUUUGGCUCCACAACCAUCUGUGGCUUUCAGCAGCAGGUGGAAAAGCCCCGAGGCUUGGCUGAUGACACCGCAUUGAACGGUGUCAGGAUCCUUUGCUGUGACCGUGCAUAA